AGAAGUAGGAAGAGAAACCUGUCUGUGUUGUGUGGGGUCUGCUGAACUGAGAGAGAGAGAGAGAGAGAGAGAGAUAUUCCGCUUUCUUUUACAGUUAAGGUAAAGUAGUUUUUACAGGCCACUGGGAGGUCAUGAAGCGCAGGUCAAAAGAGAAAAGUCAGGAGAACUUGGGCAGCCGUUUGCUCACUCCUCAGGAGAAUGAAAGAGUGGUGGAUCUGCUGGGCAGGAGAUGUGUGUCUCUGUGUACGACGGUGGUGCAGUUGUUCAUGGCUCUGCCACACAACCCCGGCAGCUGGAGUCUGCAGCAUACAGGCGUGCUCUGCUUCAUAAAGGACAAUCCUCAGCGCUCCUACUUCAUCCGCCUCUACGACAUCAAGGCAAAUAAACUUUUAUGGGAGCAGGAGCUCUUUAACCAGUUCACCUACAACAAUGUCAAGCCCUUCUUCCACACAUUCCAAGCAGAUGAGUGCCAGGUGGGCCUGAAUUUUGCAAACAGUGAAGAAGCUGAGAACUUUUUCCUUAUAGUGGAUGAGAAGAACAGCCAGAGAAAUAAAAACUUGGACAAGCGCCAGGGAAAAGGCCUUACUCUCGGUCAAGAGCAUGAUGUUUUGCCACCACUACCUCCAAAUGGGUAUGGAAGUCAGAAUGUACUUCCAUUGGGAAAUAUUAACAUCCAGAAUCAAGCACCUCCCACUAAAUCAAAGAAAGAGAAAAAGGAGAAGGAGAAAAAGAACAAAAAGAAAGGCUCUAAAUUAUCCAAGGCAUUAAUUGGAGCACCUAGUGGUUUUACCCAUGUUGGGCACCUUGGUAUGCAGAACAAUAGUGUGGACCCAGAUUUGAUGACGCUGCUGUCACGUGCUGGAAUCAGUGAGGCAGAUUUGAACGACUCUGAGACCUCACAACUUAUUUAUGAUGUCAUUGAGCGCUCGGGUGGUGUGGAAGCAGUGAAGCAGAAAAUGAACCAGCAAGGACAUCCUCCUCCUCCACCUCCUAGUGCUCGUCGGACUUCUCUUCCCCCAGUGCCUCCUGGAUCUUCUUCAGCUCCCCUUCCCUCUCAAGCUCGGUUCGGGCCUUUACCACCUCCACCUGGAGGAACUUCAUCUCCUGCCACUAGAUCCUCUUCAGUACGUGCUCUACCACCCACACCCUCAGGAGGGCGCACAGGACCCCUACCACCACCUCCAGUGGCACAAGGAGGACGUAGAGGGCCUUUACCUCAACCCCCAGGUUCACAGGUAGCACCUUCAUCAAGAAGUGCACCCCUACCACCAGUUCCAGGAGGUCAUGAUGGUCCCCGUCCCCCUCCACCAGGAGAUCGAGGUGGCUCUCCAUCAUCUGCUACUUUUUCACGUAGUGGACCCUUACCUCCUCUUCCUGGAAGGGGUAGUGGACCCGCACCUCCCGGAGAGCGAAGUGGACCACAACGUCUAGCAUCAAGAGAUCAAAGUGCCUCCAUGCCUCCUGGACAUUCUUCUGGAUCCUUCCCACCUCCACCAGGAAGACGAACUGGAUCCUUACCACAACCUCCAAAUGAUGAAUGUUAUUUGCUGCCACCUCCAACACUCUCUGAAGAUUUCCCUCCUUCCCCAUCUUCUGAUUUUCUGCCACUAGGCAGUGAAGAUUUUCCACCACUGCCUCUUCCAGAUGAGUUCUACCCACCUCCACCAACCAAUGCUUGGGACACUUCUGACAUGGUCCCAGAUCCUCCAUUAGCUAAUUCUAGUAGAGGAGGUCCACCUCCUCCGCCACCUCCUCCACCUCCUGCUGCCCCAGCACCCAAAUUGGAAAGGGGACCACCGCCUCCCAAAGCCAGCAGUGAGGGAGGAGGUAGAGGAGCCUUACUGGAUCAGAUACGCGUAGGGACAAAGCUCAAAACGGUAACUGCCAGCCCUGAUCCACCCCCAUCUGCUACACUGGAUACAGGAGAGGGAAUAGUGGGAGCCCUUAUGAUGGUCAUGCAGAAGAGGAGUAAAGUCAUUCACUCAUCAGAUGAAGGAGAUGAAUUUGAUGAUGAAGACGAUGACGAUGAUGAGUGGGAUUAAUUUCAAAUCAAGUGAAGGACUCUGUCCCAAUGAGCAUUAGCAGACCUACAUAGUAAUAUUGGUGAAGCAUUUACAAUAACUGAAUAAUUUCAAUUUGGCCCUUUCAAAAAACUAAACCAUUAAACUGCAAGUUGAAACAACACAGUGAAUUCAUUUUGUUAACUGGAAACCCUUUUUCAUUCCAAGUAACACCAAUUCACCACGAAGUAAAACAUUUGCUCAGAGCAUCACACUGAGCAUGUGAAAUACCCCUUCCAUAAUCUAUGUAAGGUGCUAACAAUUUCAUGGCUUGGAAAACACAGUGUAACUGAAGUUCAUUGUUUAUACACUCACUGUUUAUUAAAAGUUAAAAGUUAA